UUCUUCGUUUUUUUUGCUUGACGUAAAAUUGUUGAGGGCCUGAUCAAUCUCUCCUCCUCUCUCUUUCUCUCCCAGAUUCAUGGUUGACUCGUUUACCGUUCUUCUUCCCUCGAAUCGUCGAUAAACCCUAGAUUUCUCCGAAAACCCUAUCUCGUUUCCUCGGAAAUCACCGGACUUGUCUUCGGGCAUCUCGAGGCGCCUAGGCGGUUGUUUAUCUGAUCGGUUCAGCUUGUUGAGAUUAAACAACGUGAACUACCAUGAAUAUGCAAUCUAUUCCUCAGCCGAGAUCUUCGGCUAAUGGAUUUUCACAUAGAAGAGUUGAAAGAGAGGGAGGGAUGAAUAAGGCACAGCCUGUAAAGUCUUACUCAGUGAAUACCCCAGCAGUGAGUGGGGAGACUGCAUGUUUGGAGGACCCGUCUCGUGAUCGGUUGGUGUAUCUUGCAACAUGUAUGAUCGGGCAUCCUGUGGAAGUGCAGCUGAAAAAUGGAUCUCUUUAUUCAGGCAUAUUUCAUGCAGCUGACGUUGAGAAGGACUUCGGUAUCAUUUUGAAGAUGGCAUGCUUGAUUAAGGAAGGUACUUCAUGGGCACAGAAAUCUCGUUCUGAGUUUGUCAGCAAGCCACCGUCCAAGACAUUGAUUAUACCUGCUGAUGAACUUGUGCAAGUUGUUGCCCAGGAUCUUCCUAUAACCCGGGACGGAUCAUCAAAUGCUCUUCAGUUUGAAAAGCCGUCAGAGCUGUUGACAGACUCUUCUAUAUCGCAGUCUUCUCGUGUUGAAAUGGGAAGAGAGCUGAAACCUUGGGUACCUGAUGAGGAUUUUCCCGAGUGUCCCGAAUUGGAGAAUGUCUUUGAUGAUCCUUGGAAUAGGAGCUGGGAUCAGUUUGAAGUCAAUGAGACACUGUUUGGAGUAAAGAGCACCUUUAAUGAGGAACUUUAUACCACAAAACUCGAGAGAGGUCAUCGGACAAGAGAGUUGGAAGAGCAAGCCAUAAGGAUUGCCAGAGAAAUUGAGGGUGAGAGCACCCGAGAUAUUCACAUAGCGGAGGAAAGAGGUCUACCGCUUAAUGAGAAAUUCGAUGCGGAUGAGGAAGCCAAGUACUCAUCAGUCCGCAGGGUUGAGGGAUUUGAUGAUAGUGGGGUUGAAGAUGAGGAGGACAUAUUAUUGGAUUCUCACAACAAUAUGACUUUCGGUGACAUGUCUGCUUCUGAUGGCAACAAGUCAGCGUCAAGUGGUGGUAAAACCUAUGAGCAAGCAUGGGGUGGUGGCCUGCCUAUUCAGAGAAACUUAAGUACGGAUCAAAACUGUUCGUUCAAUGAUGAGAAUGCUCGGGAGCAUGCAUCUGAACAAUCAUCCAAAGAUUUGCCUGCUCCAGGAAGCAUCAUCAGGACUGAGAAACAGCUGAGUGAGCAAAGAAACAACAUUAGUCUGGGAGUUGCUGAUGGUAACAGACAGCCAUCUGAGGAAUCAGUGUCCGGCCCUGGAGAUUCUCUUCCGUCCUUGAAGGCAAGUGAAGAAAACAUCAAAGGUGGAAAAUCUACUGGUGCGACAGUCUCAUAUCUGCCAUCAAAAGCUGCUGACAAACAAAGUUCCUCUGGUUCCUCAGGUGGGAGACAAGUUGGUCAAAUUUCUGGUAAAGCAAAAUCCGAGAGCUCUUCUGGGCGGCCUAGCAGCUCUGCUUCCGCGAGUUCCGAAAGCGCUGCUGCCUCUGCUCCUCCUCCAUCCGCUUCUGGUCGUCCUGUACUAUCACCAAGCUCGUCAGUCGGAUCUUUGUCAUCAGAAAAGUCCACACUCAACCCAAAUGCCAAGGAAUUCAAGUUGAAUCCGAAUGCAAAGAGCUUCAAACCGUGUCAAUCAGUUGCACGGCCUCCUUCUCCAGUUGCAGAUGGAUCCUUCUACUAUCCUGCUGUCCCGCAGAUGUCCGGGAUGCCUGUUGGUUAUGGACAGAUGGGUCCGGGAUUUCCUGGUGCCCAGCCCAUAAUGUAUACUCCACAGCUCGGGCCGAUGCAAGCGACUCAAGCGUACUUUCCUCCGAAUGGGUACCAGCCUCAGUACCCGCAGCAGAUGAUGCCUGGUCAGCCUAGACCGGUAGUGUACAUGCCCCCAUAUCAGCCGGAAAUGCAAUACAAGGGACGAGAGUAUUAGCGUGGAGGAGGAUACGGUGAAAAUCCAUGUGUCUUGGGCUCUCUGAUCUUCUAACAGAGCGAGUGGUUUCAUUAUUCUUCUCUCUCUCCCUAAACCUCCCUUUUUCGUUUUGGUUUUAAUUUCCUUGAAAGGAAUUUAUGGUAUGAAUAUUUAAUUACAUUCUGAUGAGGAGAUAAGACAAGACAUGGAGGAAAAUAAAACCAUUGUGACUUGGUGAGAUACUCUUUAUUCUAUUUAUAAUAUGUAAUCACAGACAUUCUUUUAUCCCUUUAAUAUAUAGUAGAGUUAGGUUGAGUUCA